AUGGUAUCUCAAAAGAUCCGCGACUACUUGCAUACCGAUUAUCAGCCUGGGGAGCGCACGCUGUUGCGCAAGAUUGAUUUCUUCAUCUUAACAUUCUGCUGCCUGAGUUACUUCAUCAACUAUCUUGAUCGUUCAAAUCUCUCCAAUGCCUAUGUUUCGGGAAUGAAAGAAGACUUGGGCUUUGUAGGCAAUCAACUCAAUGAAAUCAACACUUGCUUUACAGUUGGUUACGUUUUGGGUCAGAUCCCUUCCAACCUUUCUCUUUACUAUGUCAAGCCACGCAUCUGGUUCCCCUCCAUGAUGCUGCUCUGGGGCGGCCUCACCAUGGUCACCGCCUCGGUGCACAACCCUCAGUCCAUCAUGGCCAUUCGCUUUUUCCAGGGCAUGUGCGAAGCCUCCACUUUCGUUGGCACGCACUACAUCCUCGGCGCCUGGUAUACUGAGCGUGAGCUCGGCAAGCGCAGCGGCAUCUUCACGUCCUCUGGCCUGGCCGGCACUAUGAUCGGCGGCUUUAUCCAGACAGGCAUUCAUAAAAGUCUCAAUGGCCGCGGCGGGCUUGCAGGUUGGCGAUGGCUGUUCAUCAUUGACGGCCUUCUCACGAUCCCUGUUGCGUUGUAUGGCAUCAUCUUCUUCCCAGACACGCCUCGCAACACCACAGCGUUUUAUCUCAGCGACGAUGAGAAACGCCUGGCUGCGGCCCGCGUGCCUGUCAUUGAAGAGAGCUCACCCAUCACCCUGCGCUUCCUUAAAAAAGUUCUUACGUCCUGGCAAUUCUGGGGCUUUGUUAUGCUCUGGGUCAUUGCUGGAGAAACAGAAUCUUUUUCCAGCAACGCGCUUCUUGCGCUCUUCCUCAAAAGCAGCCCUACUCAUACUUAUACUGUCAGCCAACUUAACAACUAUCCAACCGGCGUACCGGCCGUUGGCAUCGUCUCGACCCUAUUUUGGGCCACACUGACUGAUUUCUUGAAUGGAAAACGCUACCUCGUUGGCUACUGGAUCGGCAUCGUUGGCAUUGCCACCUCUAUCAUGAUACUGGUGGCUUCACACCACCCUACAAGCCCAGGCUCUACCCCGGUAGUAAUGGCUGCUUACUACAUUGCCGGCUCCGUCUAUGCGUGCCAGGCCACCUUCUUCGCCUGGUGCAAUGAUUCACUACGUUAUGAAGAGCACGUCUUCCGUGCUAUUGUGCUGGCCGGCAUGAACCUAGGCAACAAUGCCGUCAACGCUUGGUGGAGCAUCAUCUUCUACGGCGCCGCUAUGGCUCCAUGGUUCACGCGCGGUAUGUGGGCCAUGAUUGCUUGCUGCAUUGCCCUUGUUAUCUGGACGGCCGUGCUGUCUUACCUGGACCGUCGCCACAAAAAGACUAUCGUGGAAAUUGAUGAAGCCGGGGGUAGCCUCAGCAUUGUUGUUGAGGGCAAAGAGUGA